AUGACGCACAACGCGGUGGAAAAGAUUGUCCAGAGCAUGGAGGAAACGUACAUUACGCACACGCUCAGCCUGUGGACGAGAAACAGCGAGCGCGGCCAACUGCCGCUGCCGUGGCAAGGGCAGGCGGCGGGACGCGGAGGGGGUUUCGACACGCUCGACAAGGCCAUGGUGGUCUGGGAGGACGUGGUCCGGCGAGAUGCCAAAGUCAAGGAGGGAGAGGAGGCACCGCCUCGGCGUCGCGUGGACAUCAUCGUCAGCCCGUGGAAGACGGUGGGCUGCGCGCUGCUGGGUUGGAGCGGGGGCACGACAUUUCAGCGUGACCUGCGGCGGUACUGCAAGCGGGAGAUGGGGCUCAAAUUCGACAGCAGCGGGAUCCGGAGGCGCGCCGAUGGCGAGUGGAUGGACUUGGAGAGCAGCCGUCGCGGCCCCGGAGCGCCCCCGGAGCCGGCGCCGAACAUGGAGACGGCGGAGAGGCGCGUCUUUGAGGGCCUGAUGCUGGCGUGGCGGCCGCCGGAGGAGAGGUGCACGGGCUAA